AUGUAUUUAACACGCCUCCCCCUUCAGUUCCCUCAUCGCCUUCUGCCUCGUUUCCCCUCUUCUGCUCUCCCCAACGCCCUCUGCCGCGCUUACCCACCAACCAUGGCCUCCGAGGGUCAUAACCCGGAUGAGGAGAUGACGCUCGCUGACGUCGAACUGCAGCUCGACGCGGAAGAGCUUCAUCUAGACGACCUCCCUGACGAUUCGCUCCUCGCAGACCCUCCUUCUAACGGCGCCCCCGCUCCCAAGAAGCUCUGCACUGAGGGAGACGUCUCUGACAAUGCCCCUGCCCCCUCCUCCGCGGCUCCCCUUGUUUCGAAUACCUCAGGCCAGCUGCCCAACGCCCACGCCCUGUCUGCUGCGCCUCCCGCAACCACGGUGGCCUCUCCUCCCUCCGCUGCACCCCCCAUCUCACUCGCGUUGGCGACUCCCUCUGCUGCCCCUGUUGUCUCUCCAUCUGCAGCAGAUCCGCCGCGCCAGCGCGCCUCUGCUGCUGCCAGCGGCGUUCCUGAGGACCAGGCGGACCACGCUGACACCUCAACCAUCUCGCGCAACCUUCGCCGCCGUCGCGCGGCGAUUUCGAUCCCUGUUAUGCCCCGCAGGAGACUCGCGGUGGUGGAAAUCCUGUUCCCUGAGGCGGGAGCGGAGGCUAACCGCGCCGACCUGAUCACGCGCAUUUCGAGGCACCUGCAUCCGUUUCAUUUCCAUGACGCCGACGACUUCAAAAGCCUCUUCCCGCUCACGUUCCAUCUCCCCAACUCCCGCUCUGUGGUGCUGAAAGUUUACGUUAAUUUUUACCCGCGUUUCACUUCGGCUAAAGCAGGAGGUGCCACCACGCUGACCCUUCGCAACGUCCCCCCGGGUUACGCCGCGGAGGACCUCCGCACCUUCCUGAUGCACCAGGACGCUGUGGGCGAACCCUCCUCGCUCGCUGACCUCCAGUUUUUCCACCAGAUCAAGGACCCGUAUGAGGAUAUGUAUCUUCCUAUCUUCACUGGAAUCCCGCUACCCCCGCAGGAUGAUCCCUGCUUUCUUCGCAUCCCCGCGGUCUUCAACUUCGAGUUUGGUUCGCCCCCAGCUGUGCUCAACAUUUCUUCUCAUGUGUGUACCUUCUGCGGCAACAAUCACCGUGACGCAGACCAUGAGAUCUUCCCCACCAAGAGCAGGCAGAGCCUGACUAACAGGCAGCAGCUCUCGGUCGCUCAGCUGCAGCAAGCUGACAGUAAGGCCGCCCCAUUGCUCUGUCCCCUUUCCCCCCUCGUUGCUGCCUUUAAUCCUUUGUCCAUCUGGCUGUUUUGGCUCUACCUCUGCUAUUUAACCUUCUCGGCUCUCUGGUUGUGCUUGCAAUCCCUCCCCUACUCCAUACCCGUCCUCACCCUCUAUGCUCUCCGCACCCCACCCUAA